UAUUUGAACCACAAUUCUAAGAAUGGACUUUUAUUACUUAUAUAUACAAUGGCUCUGAUAUUUGAAUCCCAUGGUACCACACUGGGGACGGAGUUAAACAAUGAAAUCUGCUCAGCUGCAUGGACGUGCACCAAAUGUACAAUGAAAGCUCAUUGCGCGUGGUCCUUAGGAUAUCAGAAGUGUGUUGACAACAAUCGAUCGAACUUGUCAAAUUUUACAAUCUACAGUAAAGAGAAGUGUCCACGACUUUCAGUUGUGACAAAACAAGAAUAUAAUGAUGAACUCAUUAGUUUACAAUACAUUGUUAAGGUAUCUAACGAUGAAGUAGGUUUCAUGAAUUAUCUUAAAGAAAGUAAUUUAUAUUGCAAUUCAACGACAAUAGAUGUUCAUACGAAAAUUAUAAAAAAUGACGAGAUUAUAUGUUCAGCAAACAUUUUGAUAACUCACUUUAAAUUGCACAGUGUGCAAUCAUUUACUGCAUUUAUUUAUAUCAAGUUUAGAUCUGGCGUCUUGCACUUGGACAACAUUGCCGACCACUAUGUAACGUUUUAUGAACAUGAAUGUGCCGAAAACAAGAAGGACGAAAACUGUGCGACUUGCGCGUGGAAUGAACAUUGCUUCGCAUUCGUUAGAUUCUGUUCGUCGAGAAACUCCUGUGAGGGUCACAAUGAAUUGUUCCUGUGGCACUUUGAUAAUGGAAAAUCUUGGAAUUCUAAGACGCGAGAAGUCAAUAAUCAAUGUGCCGAAAUAAACGUGACAUCCGUCGAUCCACUAUCUGGGACGAUAGCCGGUGGCACGACUAUAACGAUUACCGUAAAGAACCACUUGAUAUUUGAGGAGAACCGAACGGUAAUGGUGACGGUGGCCGGAAUGGUUUGUGCGGACCCCAGGACAUCCGGACCCGAGACGAUCACUUGCAUCACGACACCACCAUCCGAUGACACAAUAUAUAUAGCACCAUCCGGCCCGGUCUUGGUUAAGUACACGUCACAUGAACGCGAGUUGAUUAUCGAGUCAUCACAAAAAUUUCACUACCUAUUACGUUGAUAUUAGCGCCGGCACAUCCCGUCUCGUAAUUAACCUAUAUAUUAUUAUGGUACAAUUUUUGUUUUUUGUGUUUUACACAAAAAUGGUGUAAUAAAAUUAUUUAGAAUUUUUAAUUUACAUUAGAUACACAUGUAAUAAUUAAUACAAUUUUGAUGGCCUACAAACAACAUAAUAUAUUUUAUAAGUUAAAAAUAUUUUGUACAAAAAACAAUUUGUAACACAUAAAUCCAGAAUGGAUCAUUAUUAUGUUACAUUACUAGAGAUAAAACGAUGCAAGUUAGUCAAUAAACUUGUUAAGAUACUCUUUUCGAUGAAAAUUUCAUCUAUUCUGUAUUCAUGUCGAAGCUACCUAUAUGCCAUUUUUUAUUGGUCGGCCUUAUACCUCAUAUUUAUUAUCAAUGUUGGUAGGAUAAAAUUAUUUUCUUUUGUUGUGGCCAACAUUGUUAUUUAUCUCAUAUUGUAUUUUGCCGCUCACCCGAUUUGUUAUGUCUUUUUUUGUACAUUUCAUUUUGGUACACACCAAACACUUAUUUUAUCUUUAUUACAAUUAAUGUAAAAUUGUUCUGUGUGGUCUAUUUGACCAGAAAUAUUAUUAUUUUGUAUUUUCAUUUCGACGAGUCAAUGAGACAAGUCAUAUUAUUUAUAUUGAAAUAAAGCCACGUCGUUACCAACAUACCAACAGAUAAA